AGUAAAAAUGAUCUUGUUUACAAACGCGUGGCAUGGAGGUAAAAGGUAGCAGUACUAUACAAUCAAAUAAUAAGCCCACCGGGACAAGCCUGUCGGGUAACAAUUAGGUACUUCGUUUAAAAAAAAUUCGUUAUAGAAGUUACAAUCUUCUGUAUGCCCUUCUUAUUUAAACUGGAUCUCAGUAUUGUAAUGGCUGACCUCCUCCUUUCACCUGCUCUGCCAAGGAUUUUAAAGGUUUAGUGGAAGGAUUAAUUGGAAAUUUAUCUAUAUCAAUGGAGAGCCCGGAUCGUAGCCUUAAUUCAAGCAAGCCAUGGAAGGUGGAAUACGCCAAAUCCUCACGAUCUUCCUGCAAAACGUGCAAGAAACCCAUCGAGAAAAGCACUCUCAGAAUAGCAAAAAUGGUCACCGCCAGGCAAUACGAGGGAGUUAUGCCUAUGUGGAAUCAUGCAGAAUGUAUUCUUAACCAUCGAGAUCAAUUUCAGAAUAUAGAAGAUUUGGAAGGGUUUGAUGCUCUUCAAAUUGAAGACCAAGAGAUGAUAAAGAAGUACUUACAUGAUCUGGAGGACAAAUCUAUUCUUACUGCUUUUGAAAAGAGUGAAAUUGAUGGUAUUGGCGAUUCCUUCAUUGAGAAGGCUAAGAGUUCCCGUUCCACUUGUAAAAGUUGCAAUCAAAAGAUUCUCAAGGGGGAGGAACGAAUAUCCACCACAGCCGACCCAGAUAAUCCAUGGUAUCAUGGGACAAUGGCUGCUUGGCGUCAUGCCAAAUGUUUUUUGGAGAUUGGUUGGUGGACCAGUCCAAUGGAGAAAAUGUCUGGUUGGGACAAACUAAGUGAGGAGGAUAAGCAAGCUGUUCAAAGCAUGGCGGAACAAUAUAUUGAAGGAGGAAAAUCAGAUCCAAAGCAUAAACUUGAAGAAGACCAAAAUACUAGGCCUUCCCGAAAGAAAGCCAAGAAUCUGGAAGGCCACAUUGAAGCUCCGAAAAAAAUUGAUGAAAGUCUUACGAUGCAAGUGAAGCUCGCAGGCUUGGUUACCAACCCCUUGGAGUUCUUGAAAACUCUGGUUGGAGAUAUUUUUGGCAGGAUACCAUUGCAAACUGAUGAUCCAAAAACCAUUGAAAAGAUGGAAGAUGUUCCAGUUGACAUAGCAGAUACUGUAAAAUACCUCAGAAAUGCGAAGGCUCAACUAGAACACCUACAAGCUUAUAAUGAAGAUCUGAAAAUGACAAAUGCGCUUGCAAAGGAAAAGCUGGAAAAAGAAUUUUCUUCUGUACAGUUGUUGGCUAUUCAUCGGAAAGAACUGGAGACUUUUGCAGAUGAUCAACGUCCCCUAAUGGAAGUUAUUUACAAAGCUUGCCAGUACAAACAAAUGCAAAAGCUUUAGCAGGAAUGCAAAUCAAACGAAGAUAUAAAGUUGUAUCACAAAACUAAAAUAGGACCAUAUAUGGAGAAAAGCUCCAAACUUGUCAACCAUUUUGUUUAACUGAUGUAUAAGUUUUAUUUAUAAUUCUAAUCAUUUCAUUGCUUCAA